AUGCAAAACAUGACGUCUGUGAGUCCAGACUAUGAUUACAGUACAGCUGAAUAUUUACUUGAAGAGGAAGGGCUCUGCAACCUGGACCCCAGCCGCGUAGAAGUCAUCGCCCAAACCUACAUCCACUCCAUCAUCUGUGCCUUCGGCCUGCCCGGCAACGCUCUGGUGAUCGCCACCUACGUGUUCUACAAGCGGACCAAGACGAUGACAGACGUCUACCUCUUCAAUGUCGCCGUGGUGGACCUGAUCUUCGUGGUCUCCCUGCCGUUCAUCAUCUACAAUGAGCAGCACAGUUGGUUCAUGGGCCCCGUGGCUUGCAAGAUGCUGCGGUCCGCCUACAGUAUCAACCUCUACAGCGGCAUGCUGCUGCUGGCGUGCAUCAGUGGCGACCGCUACGUUGCCAUCGUGCGGGCCAGAAGCUCCUUCGGUGCCCGCUCGCGCACUCUGCUCUACAGCCGCCUCAUCUGCUCAGCUGUGUGGAUGUUUGCGGUGGCCUUAACUCUGCCCACACUCCUCUACACCGAGUGCUUUGAAGAGACCAGUCUGGGGGCUCAGACCGCCAGUGUCGUGUGUCAGCUGUCUUUUAAAAAGACAGAGACGGCAAAGCUCAUGAAGGUGGUGGUUCCCAGCCUUCAAAUGGCCAUCGGCUUCCUGCUGCCUCUGCUGGUGAUGGUGUUCUGCUACGCCAGCAUCGUGUGCACCUUGCUGAGAGCCCAGAGCAGCCAGAGGCACAAGGCCGUCCGCGUGAUUAUGGCGGUCGUGCUGGUUUUCAUCGUGUGCCACCUGCCCUACAACGUGACUCUGCUGACCCACACCCUGUCUCUUUUCAAGCAGAGGAGUUGUAAGGCAGAGAAGGUCAAACUCCAGGUGCUGUCCGUCUCCAGGAGCAUAGCCUACCUCCACUGCUGCCUCAAUCCCAUCCUCUACGCCUUCAUCGGGGUGAAGUUCAGGAGCCACUUCCGGCAAAUAAUGUUGGACUUGUGGUGCUUUAGCAAAAAGUACCUCUACACCGCUCGCACGUCACGCACAACGUCCGAUUUUUGCAUCUCAGGCCGCAUGUCUUCAGACGGCUCCAACAACAUCACAUCGUUCAGCGCGUGACAUGUACAAGCUGUUAGCGACGAUCAUAUGCAACGGCGAUGACCGAGCUGUCGCUUAGCUUUAGCUGGACUUAGGUAGAGGUGAAUGCAUCUGUGCUACAUGUGCUUGAAUGUAGGGCCUUGGAAACAUAAGCAAAUGGCCUUCAUGCUGUAAUAUUGUUCAGGUCUUUUCUCCCCAAAGUGUUCUAAAAGUACAAUAACAACAUCAUCUUGUUUUCGAGUAUUUCUGUGUAUGAUGUUGACCAUGAGAACCUAAGAGUUCUUCUACACAUGUUCUAGAACCAUAAGCAUUCGAUUUAAGUGUUCCAUAUUUUGUAUAUCUGACGGUUUGCUUCUGUCACAUUUCCUGAUAAAAUCCUGUUGCUGAAAAAGUUCAUUUUCGUUGACAGUGAGUCAAAUCAGCAUUUACACAUUACACUCUCUUGCCUGUGCAUAAUCUGUGGGAAUCGGGACAAGAUGUGGGCAUCAGAAGCGCUCUAGUUUCUGUUCGUUGUCAGAGUAGUACUCGAGCAUGCGAUGGUUGAAUACAGGUACGGCAGUCUGUGUGCAGAGAGAAAAAACUGGAAGGUUGGGCAAAUGCAAUCUAAGAACCGUACGCUAUCAUGUGGCGAUGGUUUAGCUUUCUACACUGUAAAAAAAUGUCACAUAU